AUGUUUUGCGCUGCUGGUGCUUAUGAUAUAACACCUUGGUCAUAUACAGAAUCAGAGUAUCAAUUUUGGACUAAUUCUAACAUACCAGACUAUGAUUCCGCAAUACUUAAACAAUUCUAUGAAUUUAGAUAUUUAAUAAGUAUACCUAUUCAUAUGCCAAAUGCAAUACAUACCUUUUGGAACUCUUUUUCACGUGCUUUAAAUAAUAACAAAAAAACUUUGGAUGGAAAACGACGUAUUUUAUCAAUAAUUGCUGAUGAUUUCACCUAUAAUAAAUUAGAAGAAAAUUUAGGUGUUAGUCAUCAUACAAUCUCUGAAGCCCAAAAGUAUGCAAAGUCCUAUGGUCAUGGUGCACUACCUCUUGUGAAACCUAUUAUUCAUCGUGCAAAAUUAACAAAAGAACAACUAAAUCAAUUUGAACUUUUUUUUGCUGACAAAGCAAAUGUUAAUAUGUCAUCGUAUAGAACUGAAAUAUCAACUGGGUUACCAAUUCUGUAUCUUCAAAAUCAUAAAAAAGCCUUAUGGGAAAAAUUUCAUGAGAAAUAUUUGAAUGGGAUGCAAUGUACAUCAUUUAUGACUCACUUACAAGAUUAUGCCAUAAAACUUACUGUUAAUCCGUUAGGUCAUGCUGUUCAUGAUCCUUGUAUAAGUCAUUGUUUACGGCAUACGUUUGGUGAUUGUAAUCUAGUUCAUCCAGAAAUAUAUGAGAACUGUGAAAAAUUGUUUAUUCUUUUUGAUGAAAUAAAGACUAAUACUCCUACAAAUAUUCAUGAGAUUUUAAAUGAAUAUCAAACUAAACUUGUAUAUUUUCAAGCUCAUCAUGCACAAAAGACAUACUUUAAUGCACAACUAAGUACUGAUCUUACACAGCUUAGUUCGGAUGAUGCACUAAUAAUUGUUGAUUAUAAGAUGAAAAUUUUGUGUCAAAAAUCUCGAGAAACAAAGACUGAGUUUUUUGGUAAACGAGAGUGGUCACUUCAUUCAUUAAUACAUGCUAUAAAACGAUGGGUAAAAAUGGGACAUGAUAUCGAAUUAGGUAAGGAAAUACAGGAAGCAAUAAAAGACUUGGCAGGAACCCACGUCGCCAAUAUCAUACCUAAUCAUGAGACAAAUUCCAAGUUGAGAACAAUACAUAGAAUCUCUAAUUGGCAUGAAUGGACUUGGCCAGAUGAGAGAGAGGAAGCUGGAUAUAUUUUGGCUAGAUCAUUACUACGACUAGGAUCAUGGAAUAAAUAUACACCUAAAAAAAUUAUAAAAGUUACAAAAGAUCAUAUUUUUAAAAAACCAGAACCAAUGCUAUCAGAACAUAUAGAACCUACUAAAUCUUGGACUAUACCAAUACCACAUGUUCAAA